AUGGACGAUAAAUUACGUCAAAUGGAAGAUGAGAUGAAUAGGUAUGUUGGUUAUAAACAUACACAAUGUUUCUAACCUAUUAUAGUUUCAUUCACUGGUUCUUCUAUGUAUACAUUACUUUCUAUCAUGCAAUUAAUUAUCUGUUUUAAAAACUAAUUUUUUAUAAAACAAACAAGUUCUUGUACAAAUAUAUGAUUAAAAAUUUAUAGUCAAAGUACUAAUGCCAUUAAUUGAUCAUAAAUUUGUAUUAUUUCUUAGAUUUGAGGCUGAGAUUGGUAGUCAGUUGGUUACACCAAUGGUCAGGCCAGUAAUUGGUGCGAAUACUUACAAUCAAGUGGCCAGACAGUUGGAACAGCAUGAACUUCCAACACCGGUUGUUGCUGCUGCAGCAGCUAGUUUAGCUUUUCCUCCAAUAAUUGGAUUUCCACCGCCACCACCACCACCACCUCCUCCACCUCCACCACCGCCAAUGUUAAUUCCACAACAAGUAGCAAGACAAGGUGCCGUCCCUUCUAUUACGACAUAUUCAUCACCUGCGCAAAUAAGUAAUCCAUACUUACCAAAUAUGGUGGAUCCUUGUUUAAGUGCUACUCCAAAAACUUAUGAAUCUACAUCGACACCAAUGAUUCAUCCCGAAAUUAUUGAACAGAUUAUCAAUACAAAGAUUCCAGAAGAUGACACUAAAAAGAAACCCAAGGUGAAAGGUGUUAGUACUGCAGCAGAAUUAGCGAUUAGUCAAGGGAAGGCAAGUUCUAUCAUGGCCAAUGCUAGUGCUGAAGAGACUCAUCCUAAAGGUAAAGGAAAGAAAAAUAAGAAGAUUGUACGAAUGGCUGGUGGACAAAUAUGGGAGGAUCCUUCCCUGCUAGAAUGGGAUGAAGACGAUUUCAGAAUAUUUUGCGGAGAUUUGGGAAAUGAUGUCACGGAUGAGAUGUUGGUGAGAGUCUUUGGCAAGUAUCCGAGCUUUCAAAAAGCAAAAGUAGUCAGAGACAAAAGAACAAACAAGACGAAAGGAUUUGGAUUUGUAUCGUUCAAAGACCCACAAGACUUUAUCAAAGCAAUGAAAGAAAUGAAUGGUGAGUUAAAUAAUUUCUUAUUAUAACAACUUAAAUUAGAUUAUGUUCUUAAAUGUACAUAUAAAGAAAUUGAUUUUGAUACAACCAAACGUAGCUAAACGUUUAAAUUUUCGUUUAAAAUUUAUUGUAUUGUGUUUCUGAAUCGUGUAAGCAAAAAGACUGAAUGGUAAUUUUGUACGUAACGAGGUAGAGUCAUCCAAGGAAGUAGUAAAAUUUCAACUUUCAAAACUGAAACUUUAACGAAAAUUUAAAGAACUAGGCGACUUUUUGAAAUAAUUACUUAUAAUUGACAAAGUUAAGAAAUUCCUUAGUAGAUUAAAUUAAAAAUUCUGAAAGAAAGUAUUCCAGAAGUAAGUAUAAAUAGAUAACGAACAACAUGAAGAAGUUAUUGUUAUUUGCGGUGGCCUUUUAGAAAAAGAUUCGUAG